ACUGGUAAGAAUCUGUUUCGCCGGAAACGAGUUAUAAGUUCAGUAAAUAAAAGAUCAGGCACGUACAGAAAGAGAGCUCCUUUCCGAUUUAAUCGUGAAGCCUCCACCGGAGGCUAUUAUAUUGCAAAACAGACAAGCUAAUAGAGGGUAGAGCUGAGAGAUUGGUGCUGGGGUUAAUUUUGAGGCGGGUGGGUACGUACGCAGGCAGGCAGCAAUGGUAGUAAAUAUUAAUAUUAAAAAUAAUGCAGAAAGGGCUGUAGGCGUGCGUGCCAUUGUUGUAAUUGUGUUGUUUGCAUUGGCGACUGCCUGCUGCGAGGCCAAGGGUGGUCGUCAUGUGGGUCGUGUGACGCCGCGUGUUGAUCCUUUCCGGGGUGCUCAUUUGGGUCGGACUGACAUUGCCGGUCGUAAUGAGAAAGUCUUUAACGUAUUGCAAUUUGGUGCCAAACCUGACGGAAGGAAAGAUUGCACCCAGUCUUUCGUAAGAGCAUGGCGUGCCGCAUGCGACUUCAAGGGAAGGUCGAGGCUACUAAUCCCCGGAGGGACAUUCUUGCUUUCUGAGAUAGUGUUUGCAGGGCCAUGCAGCGGCCCAGAUCCCAAAAUUGUUCAAGUUAUAGGCACAGUAAAGGCAACGACCGAUGUAUCUGAAUAUUCUUCCUCUGAAUGGGUCUUGUUCGAAUCCAUAAAUGGAUUGGUUAUUACAGGUAGAGGCACGUUUGAUGGCCAAGGUGAUGCUGUUUGGAAAUACAAUGACUGCCGCGGUAACAGCAAUUGCGUCCAACUCCCAUCUAACAUAAAGUUCAACAAGGUCACUGGCGGAGUUCUGCGAGGCAUCACUUCCCUCAACAGCAAAGGGGUACAUAUUUUCAUCACUAACUGUGAUAAUAUUAGGGUGCGCAAGGUUAACGUAAUUGCUCCUGAAGAUAGCCCCAACACUGAUGGCAUCCACGUUAGCCAUUCCAACAAUGUGAAAAUAGCUAGGACUGUCAUCCGCACUGGUGAUGAUUGCAUCUCUAUGAUCCAAGGAGCCACCAACGUUGCAAUCAAUAAAGUAGCCUGUGGACCUGGACAUGGCAUCAGCGUGGGUAGCCUUGGCAAGUACCCCCAUGAGGAGGAUGUGAGAGGUAUCUAUGUGAAAAACUGCACCUUCACCGGCACAGACAACGGAGUCAGAAUCAAAACGUGGCCGGGAUCGGAUCUAAGUGCAGCAUCUGGGAUGCUUUUCCAGGACCUCAUCAUGAACAACGUUAAGAACCCCAUCAUCAUAGACCAAGGCUACUGCGGCGGAUCAAAAUCACGUGGUUGCAAUAAAUCACCAUCGCGUGUGAAGAUCAGCACUGUUCAUUACGUGAACAUAAGGGGAACUUCGACGACACCUGAAGCGGUAAAGCUCAUAUGCAGCAGCCAGUUCCCUUGCCAAGAUGUUCACUUCUACAACAUCGAUCUUAAGUACCAGAGGAGUGGGGCCACCGCCACGUGUUCCAAUGCAAAAGCAUGGUAUGCUGGCAGACAAAACCCACCACCUUGCAAAUAAUAUAAGUUGCCCUAGACUACUUCGAACUUGAGACUUUGAAACUAUAUAUAUAUAUAGUACUCCCCCUUUUACAUUUUUAAGUAAUAUCGUACGUACGUUGGUAUUAAUCAUCAGUAGUAGGAGGGGAAGUUGGAUAGGCUUUUAUGUGCUUCUAAUUAGAAACAUGUGUGCUCGGAGCACAUGAUUGUGUAUAAUGCAUGCAUGUUUAAAUCGUGGAUGCAUGUUGACCACGAUCGCAUUGCUUUGCAUUGAGAUUGUAAAAAAAAAAUACUUAAUUAAUCAUUGUUGUAACAUGGUUAUAAAUCAUGUACUAUUUUGUCAACUAGUUAUAUAUAUAUAUAUAUUGGACCUCUUCGAUUUGGCACCGUUGUACAUGACCAAUA